UGGAAUGGGUGGCACGGCACCUUUGACCCCUUAAGCAACGAAUCCCAAAAGGAAGUGAUGUUGUGUAUGGAGAAAGCCUAAGUUGAAGAUCAAACCCCGUUUUGGGCCAUAUACUUUUUGGAAUAAAAAAAAGAUGUUAAAUUCAAGAGAUGGAGAAUUGGGCCAAGCUUUAAUGGAUUGAAGAUUUAAAGUCCAACAAUGCUUCUGAUUCUUGUUGACGGUAUGGUGAAGAAGAAGAAUAAGAAGCAGAGAGGGAAAAAACUACCCCCGAGUCCAAGGGAGAUUCCUAUCUUGGGACACCUUCACUUGCUUGGUAAGAACACCCAUGAAGACUUGCGCAAUCUAGCCAAAGUGCACGGCCCCAUCAUGCGUUUGCGGUUAGGAAGCGUGGAGCACGUAAUCGUUUCCUCCCCUCGUGCCGCGGAGCUCUUCCUAAAGACUCACGAUUCUGUUUUUGCAAGCCGGCCCCCUCAUGAGGCCGCGCAGCUGAUCGCUUACGGCCAGAAGAACUUGAGCUUUAGCCAGUACGGCGCGUACUGGCGAAGCACACGCAAGAUCUGCACCAUGCAGCUGCUCACUAACCUCAAGGUCAACUCAUUUCAAGGCAUGAGGAUGGAAGAGCUGAAUCAUGUCAUUGAGUCGCUGAAGAAGAAGGUGGGGGCCGCCGCAGUUGAUUUGGGUGAAAGGGUUUCGGCCUUAACGGCGGACAUGAGCUGUAGGAUGGUGUUCGGGAAGAAGUAUGAGAUGAAGGACAUUGACGAGAGGGGAUUCAAGGGUGUGGUAAGAGAGGCUAUGCGCUUGUUCACAAAAAUAAAUCUUGCAGAUUAUUUCCCACACCUUUGUAAUUACAACAACACCUGGCUGGACAUUCAAGGAUUGAGAAGAAGAAUGAAGGCCAUCGCUGAGGUCUUUGAUAAGCUCCUUGAGGGGAUCCUUGAGGACCACGAGCAGGGCGGAGCUGGCGGCGGCGGAGACAGCAGCGGCCGUACUAAAGAUUUCGUUGAGAUUUUGUUGGCCAUCAUGAAGUCUGGAGAAUCCGACUUUCCAUUCCACCGCAACCAUGUCAAAGCUACUUUGAUGGAUAUAUUUGCAGCAUCUACGGACACCACAGCAAUGGUGAUUGAAUGGACAAUGUUUGAACUCAUGAGACACCCACACUAUAUGAAGAAGGUCCAAGACGAACUGGAAAGGCGUGUAGGAUUGGGUAGGAUGGUGGAGGAGUCAGAUCUGGAGGGCUUGGAGUAUCUUGAAAUGGUGAUAAAAGAAUCGCUUAGGCUUCAUCCUGUGGUACCCCUACUCGCCCCUCACGAAGCCAGGGAAGAUUGUGAGGUUGACGGCUUCCACAUACCACAAGGAACAAGAAUCUUUGUGAACGUUUGGGCAAUUGGGCACGACCCCAACGUCUGGCCUGAUCCCGAGAAAUUCAUCCCGGAGAGGUUCCAAGGUGUCGAAACCGAUUAUAGGGGCCGCCAUUUUGAGCUCGUCCCUUUUGGCUCUGGGAGAAGAAGCUGUCCAGGUAUGCAACUCGGGGUCACGGUUGUGCGCCUGGUUUUAGCACAACUGCUCCACUGCUUUGAUUGGAAACUUCCGGAGGAUCCCCAAGAGUUGGGAUUAAUGGUUGAGGAGUUUGGCUUUGCUAUUCUUCGUAUUAAACGCUUGGUGGCUGUUCCUUAUAACUAUCGGCUCCAUAUUUAAUUUCGAUCCAGCUAUCUAAAGAACUUAUUUACCUAUUUCAAAAGAACGAUUGUGCAAUACUGAUAUGUAGUAUGUACUUAUAUGUGUAAUACAAUUAAGGUUCUUAAUUAUUAUUCAGAGGAUCAAAUUUCUUAUAUUUUAAUUUUUCUCCCUCUUUUUGUUACUUAUGUGAUAAAAUAAUAUAGUCUUGCCAUUUUUUCAUUCAUAAACUUUUUGAUGUAGU